AAAACAUAAUUUAUCUGAAUGCUGUGUGGAGUACAUAAUCUAUGAAUAACAGCGCGAUAAAGAUAUACUACUGCUAUACAAUCGAAUAUGCCCAUUGCAUAUUUUUAUCUCAGCCUCAACAAACGUUACAAGUAUAGUGUUAUAAUAGUUGUAAAUACCUAAAAUUAUUAGCUAAGGAAAACAAAAAUGUGGAAUAUGAUGUGUGAUGUUAUGCCGACAAUUUCGGAGGAUAGCAUAUCACAGAGAUCCUCUCAGUUUAGCGGCGAAGAUGCUAAUUUUGAGCAACUCAUGGUAUCUAUGCUGGACGAACGAGACAAAUUAAUGGAUAGCUUAAGAGAAGUGCAGGAAAAGCUUAAUGAAACCGAAAGUAAAUUACAAGACAUCGAAAAAGAGCGCGACUGUCUUCAAAGGCAAGUUGCUGCUAAUUUACCACAGGAAUUUUCAUCUUUAACGAAAGAAUUAACUCAAGCACGAGAAACUCUGCUAGAAAGGGACGAUGAAAUCGGAGAAUUGAAGGCAGAGAGAAAUAACACUCGGCUAUUGUUGGAACAUUUAGAGUGUUUGGUAUCAAGACAUGAGCGAUCUCUCCGAAUGACAGUUGUAAAACGACAAGCAGCAUCCCAAAGUGGCGUUUCCAGUGAAGUCGAAGUUUUGAAGGCACUUAAAAGUUUGUUUGAACAUCAUAAAGCAUUGGACGAAAAGGUUCGUGAACGUCUUCGCAUCGCGUUGGAGAAGAACACCGAAUUGGAAGAGGAACUAUCUCAAGCAAAAGACGAGAUACAACAACAAAAAUCAGGACAAUCGGCGUCUCAAGCUGGUCUAUCGAAAGAAAACGGGUUGGAUUGCAAGGAAAACACAAUCACUAGUGAAGAUCAUACUGAUUGCUCAGCGAAAACUCAUGAACUUCAAAUGAUAAUAGAAAAACAGACAUCGGAGUUAUCGCAAUGGCAACGCAGAGUAUCUGAUUUAAACAAUAAAAUUACUGACCUAGAAGAAAGUUUAUCGAAAAUUCAAAAAGAGUUUACUAAAUCGCAAGAAUCGUGUGUCAAAAUGCAAAGAGAUUUACGUGAAAAUGUUGCUCAGAAGGAAGAUCAAGAGGAACGGAUAGCAACGCUCGAGAAACGUUAUUUGAAUGCACAGCGUGAAUCUACUUCAUUACAUGACCUUAACGAAAAGUUGGAACAAGAGUUACGCCAUAAAGAAGCUCAACUUAAGUUACAAGAAGGUAAAAUAUCAGCAAUCCAAGAAAAACUUGAAUUAUCGGAACAGAAGUUAGCGCAGCUUUCCAAACUACCAGAUAUAGAUGACCAACUGAAAGCUCGAAUGGAAGCGUUCACCCAGGUAGGCGUGAAGGUUCAAGAAAGGCACGGUUCCGCGGAAGACAGAAUAUCCAGGUUGGAAGCUAAUGUAGAGGAAAAGAAUGCUGAAAUAAUGCGAUUAAAUCAAAGACUGAAAAUGAAUGAGGAACACAAUCAAAGGUUGUCUUCGACGGUUGAUAAACUUCUAGCCGAAUCCAAUGAUCGAUUACAAGUCCAUCUUAAAGAAAGAAUGACAGCUUUAGAGGAAAAAAAUACGCUAACCCAGGAGUUAGAAAAGGCAAAAAAAUAUGCGGAAGAACUGAACCAUGAAAAGUCUGAAAUAAUAAAAGAAAUAUCCAAAAGCAAACUAGAAAUGGAAAAUUUUAAAAGGCAGUUAUUGCAACAGGAAAUAGCCUUCAAUAUCCAGCAAACCGAGGCUUUAACUAGAAGUCUUUCGCCGAACAAUGUUCCAGAAACGGAUGAUUUUAGUAUAAAUACCUCUCAUGCUAAUUAUGACGCAUUGAGUGUUAUCAGAAAAAAACAGCUUAUGGAUGAUGAGCAGUUUUCAAGAUCGUUAGCGGACCAAGAUUGGGAAAAAAUCCAAAAAAUGACCAAUUCUCAUAAUUUUGAAGAAUCGUCUAUAGAAAACGAUGACGUGGAAAGCAUAUUUAGUGCGACAGAAAUAAUAUCGCCAAGCGGGCAUACUGAUGCUCAAACUUUAGCUAUGAUGCUACAAGAACAGUUAGAUGCUAUAAAUAAUGAGAUAAGGUUAAUACAAGAAGAAAAGCAGUCGACCGAGGCCCGAGCUGAAGAACUGGAAUCUCGCGUGGGGAGCCUCGAGCAUAUGAAUUUAUUAACUAGAGGGCGUUCCAUAGACAGACAAAGUCCUCCAUUGAGCGGAAGAAGUACUCCCACUAGUCCAAAUCGAGACUAUUUACAUAAAUAUCAUACGGCACCAGCAUCUAUGUCACCAGCACAUUUACAUCAAUAUGCGGUUACAUUAAAUCAAGGACAGCUGUCUGAAUCACUUCCAUCUAGUCAGGUACAGCUAUCACAUUUUCAAUCGGAAAAAUCUAUGGAAGAUUUCCAUACAAGAAAAGAAAUAGCCAAUAAUGAUGGUGUAUCUAGUGGUGCCGCAUCUCCAUUAACAGCUCGAUCUUUACGGUUAGAACGAUUUGCAUUAGCGUUAGCACACAGUCAAGAGGAGCUAAGAAGAUGCGGUAAUGCCUCUCACUUUGGUGAUUCUCCACCAAAUUCUCGGCUCGGAAGUCAUGAGUCUUUAAAAAAGUAUCAUGCCAUUAGUACUCUAAGUUCAUUACAAGCACCAACGUCAGCAGCGAGAGAGGCGGUUGUGGCGGCGCAUAAAAAAAAGGGCAUUAAAUCCAGCCUAGGCAGAUUAUUCAGUAAAAAAGAAAAGUGCAAAACCGGGAAGGAAUCGUCAUUGUCUGAUGGCUCCAUUAGUAUGAUGUCUAUGAGCGGCCUGUCGUUAAUAAGUGAUAUAGAAGCUAACUAUGACACCAUUACUGUGUAUAAACUUCCUGGAAGGAUCACAUCUAUAGAUUAUUGCAGGCAGAAGAAAAAGGAACAUGAUUAUCGGCAUGACUUGCUUGGAGAAGCGAUGAAAGCUGGUACUCCGUUUGCUUUGUGGAACGGACCAACAAUAGUAGCAUGGUUAGAGCUAUGGGUUGGCAUGCCAGCAUGGUAUGUAGCAGCUUGUCGUGCAAAUGUUAAAUCUGGUGCUAUAAUGAGUGCAUUGAGCGAUACAGAAAUUCAGCGUGAAAUAGGUAUCAGCAACCCUUUACAUAGACUUAAACUGAGAUUAGCAAUCCAGGAGAUGGUAUGUCUUACAUCUCCAUCUGCACCGCAAACUGCGCGCACCACCUUGGCCUUUGGUGAUAUGAAUCAUGAAUGGAUAGGCAAUUACUGGCUGCCAGGCUUAGGUCUCCCACAGUACAGAACAACAUUUAUGGAAUGUCUCGUGGAUGCGAGAAUGCUAGAUCACUUGAAUAAGAAAGAUCUUAGAGGUCAACUUAAAAUGGUAGAUGGUUUCCAUAGGACUAGUCUUCAGUAUGGAAUAUCCUGCCUUAAAAGAUUGAAUUACGAUAGAAACGAUUUGGAAGAAAGAAGGAAGGAAACAGAAAACGAAUUAAAAGAUGUUUUGGUAUGGAGCAACGAUCGAGUCAUACGGUGGAUACAUUCAAUCGGUUUGAAGGAAUAUGGAAACAAUCUGCUGGAGUCUGGAGUACAUGGAGCCCUCAUUGCACUGGAUGAAAGUUUUGAUGCUAAUUCAUUGGCUUUAGCAUUACAAAUACCGACACAAAACACACAGGCCAGACAAACCUUGGAAACAGAGUUCAAAACGUUACUCGAAACAGCAUCGGACAGACGGUUAGACAACGACCAAUUGAAGUCUUGACAAAAUGAAAAUGUUUCUAGUCUACAAUAAUUAGUGAAUUUACAUUGCAAUAAAUAAAUUGUAACGCUUAUUAUAAGUAAUAGUGCGCAUUGAAUUGCGCUAUGAAAAUAGUUGUCUUAGAUUCUUUUGGAAAUUUCAUACCCACUAGACAAUUGUGCGUAAAAUGGUAGUGUAAUAAAAACGAUGAUUUAUGUAAAUAUUCCAUUUAAAUAAGUAUACA